AAGAUAAAGGAUGACACAUUAAAGUGAGCCCACGUAAUUGGCCCUUCCUCUCUACACUCCCUGCUAUCUGAUGUCCAAAUACAUUAGGAUUCCCACUUUCUUUCCUUCUUUCCCAUUUUUUCUACCUACAAACUUGAGAGCAAUCUUUUCAACAUUAUUUUAAUCCUAAACACUUCCAUUCAUAGUGUUUAAUGACACAAAUCUUGUUUUUUCUUAUUUAAAUAAAAGACCAUUAAAUGAAUAAGUUGAGUUGAGAUUCUUCAUCCCCUUUGAAGCAUCCGAGUUUUUUCCCAAUCAAACCCCCAUUCCCAAAAGUCCGAUCAAACCACCACCACCACCGCCGCCGCGAGAUGUUUUCAACAAAAGAGAUGCCAUCGCCACAGUCAUUAUUCUCAGCCUACGCCUCCAUGGCUGGGUCCCUAAUGCUAUUCCGUUCGAUGGCCAACGACCUCAUCCCAGCCCCUGUCCGCUCAUACAUUGGCGCCGGAAUACGCCGCUUCUUCAACUCCCACUCCACUUCUCUGUUCACCCUCAUCAUCGAAGACACCAACGGAAUGUCCCCAAACCAAAUCUUCGACGCCGCCGAGACCUACCUCUCCACUAAAAUCACCUCCGACACUGCGCGCCUCCGCAUCACCAAAACCCCAAGAGAUAAACACCCAACUCUCCGCCUCGAAGCGGGCGAGAAAUUAACCGAUUCCUUUGAAGGAAUCUCCCUCUUAUGGACCUUCAAUUCCCACGGUCAAGACAAAAACCUCCAGGCCCCCAAUGACAUCACCACUCUGUCUCCACUAAAAACAGAGCGCCACUACUUCGAGCUGAAAUUCGACAAAACCCACCGACGGAAAAUCAUCAAUUCCUACAUCCCCUUCAUGCUCGAGCGCGCACUGGCCUUGAAAAACGAAGAGAGAGCUCUGAAAAUGUACACGAUAAACAGCUCCGGGUGCUUCAGCGGGAAAUGGGAGUCGGUGAAUUUGGAGCAUCCGGCGACGUUCGAGACGGUGGCGAUGGAGGCGGAGGCGAAGAGGAAGGUGAUUGAAGAUUUGGAGAGGUUUCUGAAGAGGAAGGAGUUUUAUAAGAGAGUUGGGAGGGCGUGGAAGAGAGGGUAUUUGUUGCACGGACCGCCGGGGACUGGAAAAUCAAGCUUGGUGGCGGCCAUGGCUAAUUACUUGAAGUUUGAUAUUUAUGAUCUGCAAUUGGCGAAUGUUCAUCAGGAUUCGGAUUUGCGGAAGCUGCUUUUGACCACAGGGAAUCGGUCUAUCUUGGUUAUUGAGGACAUCGAUUGUACUGUUGAGCUGCCGGAUCGCCGGCCUGGUGAUUGGUCCAGGAAUCCUUCUGAAAUUCAGCUCACAUUGUCAGGUCUGUUGAACUUCAUAGACGGGCUAUGGUCCACCUGUGGUGACGAGAGGAUCAUAAUCUUCACGACCAACCACAAGGACCGCCUGGACUCGGCGCUUCUCCGGCCAGGGCGAAUGGACAUGCACAUCCACAUGUCCUACUGCACCUUCCAUGGCUUCAAGCUUCUGGCCACCAACUACCUGCAAAUCCACACCACCCACCGCCUCUUCCCGGAGAUUGAAACCCUUCUCGAUGCCGCCGAGGUGACGCCGGCAGAGAUCGCGGAGGAGCUGAUGAAGAGCGAGGACGCUGAGGUGUCCCUUCAGUGCGUGGUUAAGCUGCUGAAGAGGAAGAAGCUGGAAGAGGAAGAGAAUGGAAAUGGCGAAGAAGAAGAAGAAGAAGGAGGAGGAGGUAAGUUGAGAGCGGCGAAGAGAUUGAAAGUUCAGGCGAAGAAGAAGGUGGCGGGAAUGGUUACGAGAAGGAAGUUUGUCGGACGCUGACAUUAAUUUCUACACAACUUCGAAAAUAAUACUCUUCAUAACUCCA